AUGGCCAAGACCAUCGACGGCAAGGUCCGUCCCCUCGCACCCUUCGACAAGACGCUCGAAAAGGCGACCCUAAAGGGCGCAUCGCGUAUCUACGUCAACCGGGACGCUCUCAUCCAGCUCACGGGCAGUAUCGACAACGGCCGCCGCUGCGUCGUGACAAGGACCGCCGCUCAAGAUGCGACCAAGUCCGCGGCGGAGCUGCGCCGCGAGGCGGCGCUCUGGACCCUGUCUGACAAGAACAUCAGCCCUAACAUCAUCCUCAUGAGCGAGGCGUACCGCGAAGCCUGCGGAUUCGAUCUGGGCGAUCAUGUCACAAUCACCAUGUGUGAGAAGUUCGCCGUCCCCGACGCCGAGACGGUAAACAUUCUGCCUAUGACCACGUCGGAGAGGGAGAAGGCAGAGAUCAGUGCGUGGGAGGGCGCGUGGAUCGGAGUGAUUCGGUUCUAUCUCGCACGCGCCGAGCAAGUGUUCCCCGGCAUGAAGUUCGAGUGUGUGGCGUCGGGGGUGAAGCAAACCUUCAGAAUCACAACCGUCGACGGCCAAACCGACAACGUCGCCCGCUAUGUUGUGUCAACAGUAACGCGCAUCGUUUCCAGCGAGGAGGAGGAGCCCGUCCAGGAGGUCGUCCGGGAUGUGAAACGGCUCGUCGUCUCCAAUAUCCCGGGCCUACACGCCGAGGAGCAGAAGCUGAGGAGCUUCUUCCGCGGCUUCAACACCAACUUGGUCUACAAGGGUCAGCAGAAGUCGUGCGGCAUCGUCAUCCACGGCGGCCGCGGCACCGGCAAGUCGUAUAUUCUGAGCCGGAUAGCGGCCACGGGCUGGGGCAGAGUCUUCCGGAUCGAGGAGAACGACAAAUCGUCCACCGUCGAGGAGGUCUUCAAGCAGGCGCGGACGACACAGCCCAGCAUCAUUCUCAUCGACGGUCUGCAGGCGCUGAUCGGGAAGGACAGGGCGAACUCCACGGCCAUCAUCCAAAGACUAGGACAGCAGCUCGACCAGCUGGCCGAGGACGCCCUGAAAAACGGCACCCUGCCCAAGGUGGUUGUCGUCGCCACUUGUCUGGACUACAUGACCGACGUGCCCCCGGAGCUGCAGAAAAGGACGAGGUUAGAGCGGAACAUAGCCCUUUCCAUACCCAACGCCGAGGGUCGACUGGAGAUCCUCAAGUCAUUCGACAUCCCUAUCCAACCAGAGAUCAAGGACGCCAUGCUGGACAAGCUGGCACAGCAGACACACGCGUUCAAUGCAAGCGAUCUCGACAGGCUCAUCGAGAACUCGAUGAUGAUUUCAGCAGAGCGGCUGGACCCCAACGAAACGGGGUACGACGAGGAGGCGAUGGGGACGCCGUAUCUCUCGCGAGAGGACCUGGAGCAGGCACUGCGCUCCACGAGGCCGACGGCCAUGCAUGACGUAAACCUCAAGCCGCCCACGAUUCAUUGGCAAGACGUCGGCGGCCAGGAGAGCCUCAAGAGCGCCCUGCGCAACAUGAUCACGCUCACGACGACCAACGACCCCAGCGUGCAGAAGCUCAUCCUGACGCCGCCCAAGGGUCUCCUCCUCUACGGCCCGCCGGGCUGCUCCAAGACGCUGUCCGCACAGGCCAUGGCGACCGAGUCGGGCUUCAACUUCUUCGCCGUCAAGGGCGCCGAGCUGCUCAACAUGUACGUGGGCGAGUCGGAGCGCGCGGUGCGCCAGCUGUUCGAGCGCGCGCGCGCGGCGAGCCCCAGCAUCAUCUUCUUCGACGAGAUCGACUCCAUCGGCGGCCAGCGCGCAAGCGGAGCGGGCGGCGGCGCCGCCGCCGCCGCAAAGAGCCAGGGGUCCGUCAACAUGCUCACGACGCUCCUCACCGAGAUGGACGGCUUCGAGGCGCUGUCCGGGGUGCUGAUCCUCGCGGCGACCAACCGACCGGAGGCCAUGGACCCGGCCCUCCUCCGCCCCGGCCGGUUCGACCGCAUCGUGUACGUGGGGCCGCCGGACGCCGCCGGGCGGGAGGCCGUCUUCAACCUGUACCUGCGUAAGCUCCCGCUGGCGCCCGACAUCGACGUCGCGGAGCUCUCGCGGCUGUCAGAGGGCUUCUCGGGCGCCGAGAUCAAGCAGAUCGUCAACGUCGCGACGGAGCCGGCGCUGAGCAAGGCGCUGAACAGGACGAUGGCCGGCGAGGAGAGGGAGCAGGCGCGGGUUUGCAUGGAGGACAUCGUGCAGGCCAUCCAGUUGGUGCCCAAGGGCAUCACGCAGCAGAUGCUCGACGGGUACGACAAGUGGUCGAAGCAGUUCAUGAAGCACCAGAACCAGAAAUAG